AUGACUGUAGUUGAGAACGAGAAGAAUGAGCUAAUCCCUACUCGCACUAUUACGGGAUGGAGAGUCUACAUUGAUUAUAGAAGGCUCAACAAAGCAACUCGCAAGGACCACUUCCCACUUCCAUUCAUCGACCAAAUGCUAGACAGGUUAGCCGGGCAUGAAUAUUAUUGCUUCCUUGAUGGUUAUUCGGGAUACAAUCAGAUUUUCAUAUUCCCAAAGGAUAAGGAGAAGACCACUUUUACUUGUCCUUAUGGAACUUUUGCCUUCAAGCGAAUGUCGUUUAGUCUUUGUAAUGCACCAGCCACUUUCCAGAG